GUGAGUGCGGGGAUGUGCGUGCGUGUGUAAGAGCACAGUUCUCUCCUCAAGUCACUGGACCUCACUGCUUCCACUGCAGCGGUUUAUUCCCCCGCUUCAAGACACGUUCACCUGAAACAAAGACAUCACAACGAUGUGUGGGAUUUUCGCCUACCUGAACUAUAGAGUGCCACAAACAAGGAAGGACAUCUUUACAACGCUGGUGAAAGGACUACAGAGGCUGGAGUACAGAGGGUAUGACUCUGCAGGUGUUGCAGUGGAUGGCUGUGGGAAAGAUGACAAAAACAGCAUCUGCCUCUUCAAGAAGAAGGGCAAAGUAAAGGCACUUGACGAGGAGCUCUACAAGAAUGACUCACUUGAUUUGGACAUGGAACUGGACACACACUUUGGCAUUGCACAUACUCGCUGGGCCACACAUGGAGAGCCCAGUGCUGUCAAUAGUCACCCGCAUCGCUCUGAUAAGAACAAUGAAUUUGUGGUGAUCCACAAUGGCAUUAUCACUAACUACAAAGAACUGAAGAAGUACCUGGUUUCCAAAGGCUAUGAAUUUGAGUCAGAGACAGACACAGAGGUCAUCCCCAAGCUGAUCAAGUAUCUUUAUGACAAUCGCGAGAGCAAUUGUGUGUCCUUCUCCACCCUGGUGGAGCGCGUCAUCCAGCAGCUGGAGGGAGCUUUUGCCCUUGUGUUCAAAAGCAUUCACUUCCCAGGAGAGGCCGUCGUCACCAGGAGAGGAAGUCCUCUAUUAAUCGGAGUGCGAUGCCAGUACAAGCUCUCCACUGAUCAGAUCCCCAUUCAGUACAACAGCGGAGAUGCUAGGAGAGACAUUCAGAAUAAAAACUACAUUAACAGGGUGGACAGCAGCAACGCCUUACACUCUGUACACGACAGGAUGGCUGUGGAGUUCUACUUCGCUUCUGAUGCCAGUGCCAUCAUUGAGCACACCAAUAAGGUGAUCUAUCUGGAGGAUGAUGACAUAGCGGCAGUGGCAGAGGGGAAGCUGUCUCUGCACCGCAUGAACCGCAGUGCUGGAGAAGAUCCUGUCCGAGUCAUCCAGACCCUGCAGAUGGAACUCCAGCAGAUCAUGAAAGGUAACUUCAAAGCUUUCAUGCAGAAGGAGAUCUUCGAGCAGCCUGAAUCUGUCUUCAACACCAUGAGGGGCCGCAUCUGUUUCGACACCAGCACAGUGGUGCUUGGAGGUUUAAAGGAUCAUCUGAAGGAGAUCAAAAGGUGCCGCCGCCUCAUUAUAAUCGGCUGUGGAACCAGCUUUCACGCAGGAGUUGCAACAAGGCAGAUUCUGGAAGAGCUGACUGAACUACCUGUCAUGGUGGAGCUGGCCAGUGACUUCCUGGACCGCACCACACCUGUCUACAGAGACGACGUCUGCUUCUUCAUCAGCCAGUCAGGUGAGACAGCUGACACACUGAUGGCUCUACGCUACUGUAAGGAGCGAGGAGCUCUCACUGUAGGUGUUACCAAUACAGUGGGCAGCUCCAUCUCUAGAGAGACAGACUGUGGAGUUCACAUCAACGCUGGACCCGAGAUUGGAGUGGCCAGCACCAAGGCCUACACCAGUCAGUUUGUGUCUCUGAUCAUGUUUGGUCUAAUGAUGAGUGAGGACAGACUCUCGCUGCAGAAGAGGAGGCAGGAGAUCAUCAACGGCCUCCGCAAACUGCCAGAGCUGAUCAGAGAAGUUCUUGCACUGGACCAGAAGAUCAAGAGCAUAGCAGAUGAGCUUUACCAACAGAGGUCUCUGUUAGUCAUGGGCCGAGGCUACCACUAUGCCACGUGCCUCGAGGGGGCACUGAAAAUUAAGGAGAUCACAUACAUGCACUCAGAGGGCAUUCUGGCUGGAGAACUGAAGCAUGGCCCCCUGGCUCUGAUUGACUACCACAUGCCUGUCAUCAUGGUGAUCAUGAGAGAUGCCUGCUAUAUUAAGUGCCACAACGCCCUACAGCAGAUCACAGCCAGACAGGGGCGGCCCAUCAUCCUGUGCUGCCAGGACGACUCAGAGAUCAGUAAGAUGGCGUAUAAGACCAUUGAGCUCCCUCAUACGGUGGACUGCCUGCAGGGCAUCCUCUGCGUCAUCCCGCUGCAGCUCAUGUCGUUCCACCUGGCUGUGCUCAGAGGAUAUGAUGUGGACUGCCCAAGGAACCUGGCCAAAUCUGUGACCGUGGAGUAACCCAUCCUGAGAACCCAAAUCUAUGAGUGUAGACUUGGAGAAUACCUACCAUCAUAGUGCAAUUAUGAGUGUGUGUGUUUACAUGCGACUGAGUGUGCAUGUGCAAGCGUGUACAUAUUUAUGAAUUAUGACCAAAACCCUGAAGACCAGUCUUCCCCUCAACUGAACCAGUGUGAGGGUGCUCCAUGAAGUGCAUUGAUUUGAUCUCCACAAGUGCCUAAAAUCUCUACUGCUAUUGAUAGAAACACUAAACUGUGCCUUAAAACCUCUGUCCUCUGCACUCACCUGAGCCAGAGGAGCACAGAGAGGUUGAAUGUUUACUUCUUUCAAACCAAUGUGCAAUACUUUAAAGGUUAUGGGAACCAAAGACCGUUAAGGGUUUGAGUAGAUGAAGGAUUGCUAAUUGAAUGUCUUUUGCCUUCUCCAUUGAGAGCUGUGGAGGUACUGACGUACAUCAGCCAAAUCAUAUUUCACUGUGAGUGACAUCUGGAUUCAAGUGAAGGGAGUUUAUUAUUAAUUACAGCACAAGGAAACACUGUAAAUACUCCCAAAGGCACCUCAUUUUUAAUGUUAUGUAGCCUAAUACUGAACAUUUGCAGACAUUCAGAUGACAGUUUUGCUUGUAUCUGUUUUUUUUAUUAUUUCACUUUAAAUAUUUUCUGGGCUUCACUGGAAAAUCUGAAAAAGUAGUGCUGUUAGGAUAUAACAUCAAAUUCAUAUCCGCCUGAGGCGUUCUGAGGUACAAUCCAUUAUAUUAUUCAAUUUACAUUCCAAUUUUUUACCAUGAAAUAUUUACAUGAUUUGUCUCAAUCUAUUUAUGUUGUGUAGAAAUUAGAUAACUUAUUUUCUACUGGCGGGGAGUAAAUAGGUUUUUAGUUGCUCCUGAUAAGUCCUAUGUAAUUGUCUCCAUUGUCUGUAUUCAUGUUGUUAAUGUCCUUUUUAAAAUCAAUUUUAUUAUAUAUUUUUUAAAGUUUUAUGGGAUGAUGGUUAAGGGGUAUGUAUAUAAAAAACAAGUUAUAUGGAAUAUUUACUGUUUACUAUUGGACUGUGAUCACUUGUAAUAAAAAAUAAUAAAGCAUGAAGUAU